AUGACUGCAACGCAAACUCAAGUUGAGGAGCUGCCGUGGUUCCUGAAGACUUCAUAUACCGUCCUCUUCCCUUCACAUGAAGCCCUGUUCACGUCGCAUGCGGAAUAUGACAGCUUCCUCGUCAAUGAGCUGCGGGGCUUGCACAGAGUCGUGUCGCUAGAGUCUCUGGAAGACCCCAUGGACGGCGUCACGCUCACUGCUGAAGAGAAGCAAUCAAUACGAAAGGACUGGAAGAAUGGCGACGAAAAGUACUUCAACCUCAUGUUGACGGAGAAUUCGGACGUUGCCUUUCGGUCUACCAAAAGCCCCGUGGUCGACCUCUUUUACGAGCUGGAGGAUGUCGUUUCCGGCCCGCGCUUGAAGGAGCUCCUCGAUGCCGCUUGGGCUGAACAGCCGCUGGCCACCUUGAAGAUCAUCUUUAAUGCACGAUCUAUACACUUGGGCAAGAGCUCCAAGCACGUCUUCUACCGCGCCGCUGGGUGGUUGGCGGAACAUCAUCCCCUUACGCUGGUCGGCAAUCUACGGUGGCUGAGCCGGCCGGUUAUUGAGAAGAAGGUGAGAAAGGAGGGCGAGAAGGAUGCUGACGAAGAGUUCGUCAAGGUGGAGAAGCGAGAUGGGGUUGAGAAUGCUGUGGAUCGAUUUGAUGUUCGAUAUGGAGUUUCGCAUGGUUAUUGGAAGGAUUUGCUGAAUAUUCUUGCCUUGGCAGCGGAGAAGAAGUUGAAGGUGCUUGAGAAUCCGAAAGACGUACUGAAUGUGGAAGAUGUGGCUAUCAAGUCAAAGACUAUCAGCCGGCGACGGCAGAAACAGAAUGCAACAGGCAGUGGACGGACGCGAAAGCGAAUCGUCAAGACAAACAAGGGAAAAGUCGAAAAGAAGGAACAGGAGCUUGCGGAGAUUGAGCAUGCCCUAGAAGAAAAGACGGCACACAUUGGAAAUCCGAGCGUUGCCAGACAUGCGGCGAGAGACUCUCGACACGAGGCUCUCAAAGACCUCUUCGACGCCAACGCCUUUUACCGGACGCUGCAUAUCACAGUGGCUCGACUGUUUGCCGAGCAGCUCCAUGCCGACUUGGAAGCCCUUCGAAGCUCGGAUCCAAAGGCCAAGAGGGGCAUCUCGCUUUGUGCGAAAUGGGCUCCUUCGCAUGGCAACUUCCACGACCGGCAUACCUGCGUCAUUAGCUCCAUUGCUGAGAUCCUGUACCCGCGAGAGUCUCUCGGCAGCGCCGUCUCUGCCUCGACCAGCCGGGAAGUGUAUCUCCGCCAUGCCCGCGAGCAAUACCGCAAAGACGUGUCCGCCCUGCGAAAGCACCUCGAGGUUGUGGAGUUGGAUAUCGGCGCAAACACGUUUGACAAGAUCAAGUAUGAGCGCGUGCCGUCGAUUGCAAUGAAGAACUACACGAAUCUCUUUAUCAAGAAGGACCUGGACCACUUCCGCGGGUAUAUCAACAAGGUGGCUGAGGGCAAGGCCAGGAUUUCCGGUGCUGUGUUGAUGCCUUCUACGUUGGUCAAGGCUGCAUCUGGUCGCAUACCUUACGCCAACAGAGACCUGGAGGGGUUGACUGCGGACGAAGUGGUCGACCGCACUGUCAAAGAGAUUGAGGCAAAGGCCGUCAACGGCCAGUGGAAGGCUCUUGUCCAGCGGAUCAAGGAUUCCGGCACUCUGUCGUCUUGCAUCGCAGUGUGCGACGUCUCCGGAAGUAUGGAGAGUCCCAGAUUCAGGGACAAGACGACGCCCAUGGAUUCUGCGGUUGGACUGUCGCUGUUAGUCGCCGAGGUGACCGAGCCUCCAUUCGGCGGCAACUUCAUCUUAUUCCAUUCUCAUCCCAGAAUGAUAUCCAUUGACACGGCCCAGACGCUGUCUGAGAAAGUCGCCGCGAUUAAGCAAUCAGACUGGGGAGCCAACACAGACUUUGUCGCCGUCUUUGAAAAGCUGAUUCUCCCAACGGCCAUUGAGAAUAAUUUGAAGCAAGAAGACAUGGUGAAGCGCGUGUUUGUCUUUAGCGACAUGCAGUUUGACCAGGCGAAAGGGUAUCAACACACUUAUGAUCAGAAGCCCGAACCGUGGUCUGCGUCUUCUUACGAGAGGAUCAAGAAGAAGUACGAGGAGCACGGCUACGAGAUGCCCGAGCUGGUAUUUUGGAAUCUUGCGGGUGGAAGGGCGGGCUAUAGUGCCGGUGGCGGAGGCGAUGAGACGGCGCCGAAGCCUGUGCUUGCGGAAGAGAUGGGCACGGCGAUGGUGAGUGGCUAUUCGCAGGGCAUGCUGAAGGUGUUUAUGGACAAUGGGAUGUUUGACGAGGAGGAAGAGGAGGAAGAGGAGGAAGAGGAGGAAGAGGAGGAAGAGGAGGAAGAGGAGGAAGAGGAGGAAGAGGAUGAUUUUGAGAAGAUGGACGAGGAGGGUAAUGAAGAGAAGCCCGAAAAGGUGGCGAAGAAGAAGGAGAAGGUUAAUCCGUUGAUGUUGGUGAGGAAGGCAGUUUCGCAUAAGGGAUAUGCCAUGCUCGAGGUAUUAGAUUGA